AAGGCCGCAGCGCGCAGACGCGACACGCCAGACUCGCGCCACCGCGCCUUAAGUGCGCAGGCGCGCCGUUCGCUCUCUUUUCCGCUCUUCCUUCUGCCAGUCUCUAGACGUCAGCGGCUGUUGGGUCCUAUGUCGCGCCGGGCCCUCCGGAGGCUGAGGGGGGAACAGCGCGGCCAGGAGCCCCUCGGGCCCGGCGCCCUGCAGUUUGUCCUCCACGAUGACGAUGAUGUGGAAGAAGAAGGCCCAAAGCGGGGGCCCGGUGGCCGGCGCCCCCGGGGCCCAGGGAAGGAGGGCGUCCGAGUCAACAACCGGUUCGAGUUGAUAAACAUCGAGGACCUCGAGGAGGCGCCCGGGGUGAACGGGGACAGGACCGACUGUCUGCUCAUCGACGCCGCAGCAUCAGGGAACAAAAGGAGGGCCCAGCGUGGACACUCAGAGUCCAAGAAGGAUGGCGACGUGACGGACGCGGCGGUUCCCCCAGAGCAGUCUAAUACAAGUGGCAAACUCCGCAAGAAGAAAAGGAAACAGAAAAAUAAGAAAAACGCUGCAGGAGAAAGCUCGGAGAAUGGACUGGAGGACAUCGACCGCAUCCUGGAGAGGAUUGAGGAUGCCAGCGGCUCCAGCCGCCCAGGCCCGCCCCCACUGAGUGCCAAGAAGCAUGUCCUAUACGUGGAGCACAGACACUUGAAUCCAGACACAGAACUGAAAAGGUAUUUUGGUGCCCGAGCCGUCCUGGGGGAGCAGAGGCCGCGGCAGAGACAGCGCGUGUACCCCAAGUGUACGUGGCUGACCACCCCUAAGAGCGCCUGGCCCCGGUACACCAAACCAGGUCUGUCGAUGCGGCUGCUAGAGUCUAGGAAAGGCCGCUCAGCCUUCGCCUUUGAGCACAGUGAGGAGUACCAGCAGACGCAGCACAGGUUCCUGGCCGCCGUGGAGUCCAUGGAGCCCAACAACAUGGUGGUCCUGCUGCAGACCAGCCCCUAUCACGUGGACUCGCUGCUGCAACUCAGUGACGCCUGCCGCUUCCAGGAGGACCAGGAGAUGGCGCGGGACCUCGUGGAGCGCGCGCUGUACAGCAUGGAGUGUGCCUUCCACCCCUUGUUCAGCCUCACCAGCGGGACCUGCCGGCUGGACUACCGCAGGCCCGAGAACAGGAGCUUCUACCUGGCCCUCUACAAGCAGAUGAGCUUCCUGGAGAAGCGGGGCUGCCCACGCACGGCGCUGGAGUACUGCAAGCUCAUCCUCAGCCUUGAGCCAGACGAGGACCCCCUGUGCAUGCUGCUGCUGCUCGACCACCUGGCCUUAAGGGCACGGAGCUACGAGUACCUGAUCCGCCUCUUCCAGGAGUGGGAGGCUCAUCGGAACCUGUCCCAGCUCCCAAAUUUUGCCUUCUCUGUGCCGUUGGCGUAUUUCCUGUUGAGUCAGCAGGCAGACCUCCCCGACCAGGAGCUGAGCUCUGCGAGGGAGAAGGCCUCUCUCUUGAUCCAGCAGGCGCUUAUCAUGUUCCCCGGAGUGCUCAUGCCUCUGCUCGAGUACUGCAGCGUGCGCCCCGACGCCACCGUGGCCGCGCACCGCUUCUUCGGACCUGACGCCGAGAUAAGCCAGCCCCCUGCCCUGAGCCAGCUGGUAAGCCUGUACCUCGGGAGGUCCCACUUCCUCUGGAAGGAGCCGGCCACCAUGAGCUGGCUGGAGGAGAACGUGCACGAGGUUCUGCAGGCGGUGGACGCCGGGGACCCUGCCGUGGAGGCGUGUGAGAACAGGCGCAAGGUGCUGUACCAGCGCGCACCCAGAAACAUCCACCGCCACGUGGUCCUGUCGGAGAUCAAGGAAGCCAUUGCCGCCCUACCUCCGGAUGUGAGCACGCAGUCUGUGCUGGGCUAUGACCCUUUGCCUCCCUUGGACACCAUCUACUCCUACGUCAGACCGGAGAGGCUCAGCCCCGUCAGCCAUGGAAACACCAUCGCCCUCUUCUUCCGCUCCUUGUUGCCGAACUACACCGUGGAGGGGGAGCGGCCAGAGGACGGAGGGGCCGGGGGUCCACACCUUGACCAGGGCUUGAACAGGCUGAUGCUGGCCUUGCGGGACAUGAUGGCCAACUUCCACUUCCACGACCUGGAGGUGCCACACGAGGACCACCUCGAGGGCGACGAGUGGGACUGAGGCACGGGCGGGGCCCCAGCGCUGUGCAGUUAUGUUCCUGAUUGUGUGCUGGUCGGAUCGGCCAGGUCCCCGACCUAGAAGUGCUGCUGUGUUGUCCACUUGCCUCUGCUGUUCUAUAAACGUGAACGGGUUGCGCUCUGC